AUGCUUUUCAAGACUCUUGCUGUUGCCUCCAUUCUCUCUGCGGCUGUGGCCAUCGAGACGCACGGAGGUGUUGACUUUGAGAUCCGCUGGGAGGCCGAUGGUGAACCAGAGCCUACAGCUAUCAAGGACCAUUAUGUCAACGUUGCCGCUGAGCAGGCCGCCACCCGUUUACAUCAGCGAAUCGCAGAGAAGAACUACCAAACCGGCUGCGAGGUUACCGACCAGACAGAUGCUGAGUCGCUGUACACUCUCAAGGAGUGCCUAGUAGCUGAGAAUAAGGAUGUAUUUUUCACUCUCCUGUCCGAGGAUAUUAAAGAAGGCGAGGCCUUCUGGGAGAAGGUUGUUGCUGAAUCUACCGCCUCCCGAGACCAGUGGAUUUCUGCUCGCGGCUGGGUUCGAGCCUAUUUCAACGGCAGUCUCACAGCAACCCAGUUUGCUACCUGGAUGACAACUGAGGCGGCUGAUAAUGCCUACCUUCGCGGCAACCCGGAGCACUAUUAUAAGUUUACUGAAAACCUUUCAAUGGUACAGCAAAGAUCGCAUCUAUUCGAAGGCUGGGGCGGUGUUCUCUCAUCAUUUGGCUCUAAGCUAGUCAACUUUACGAUACCCGACUUCCAGCCUCGGACCUUCGGUACGGACGACUAUCCCACUGAGUGGGUUAUUGACCCGGCCUUUGGAGCUUUCCAGCGCGCGGGCCCCAAGACCCUCCUCUCCGGCACCACUUGGGGUGUUUUGCAUAUUGGUGUUCGCGACAUUACUGCCGAGGAGUCUGGCCGCACAUCGGGUCUUGAGAUCUACGGAGCCGUGUGGUACCCCCCUUGGGACCAAAGCUCCGAGGAGAACCAGGCCGAGUACAAGAACUUGUUGAAGGAUGAGGAUCACCAGGUGCUAUCUGAGGUUGUUACAUGGAGCCUGCAGGCUCAGAAGGAUUGUGCGCAGGGCCUGUGCAAUUUACCACUGUAA